CUUUCUUUUUUUUUCUCCUCAUCUUUAUUUUUUUUUUUUUUCCUCUUUCCAUUGUCCAUCCUAUAGUCACAUCAUCCCUAUAGUAUGAAGUUGUAUUCUAUUUCAGUAUUGAAGAAAGAUGCAGAUAAGGCCAAGGUAUUAGCUUCCCAAUUCGAUUUAUCAAGUUUUGGUUACUUUCAACGUAGCAGUGUACAAGAGUUUAUGAAUUUUACAUCCAUUACUAUUGUGGAACGAACUCAAUUAGGUCAACGACAAAGUGUGGAAAGUGAAAACAAUGUUGCUCAUGUAUAUGCUCAUCCUCAAGGUAUUACUGGUGUCAUAUUCAGUGAUAAAGAAUAUCCUUCAAGAGUGGCUUUUUCUUUGUUGAACAAGGUAUUAGAUGAAUUCUUAAUCAAGUUUCCUCCUGAAAAAUGGUCUACCAACCAACUUCUCAACUACCCUGAAUUGACUGGUUAUUUGCAAAAAUAUCAAGAUCCCAAACAAGCUGAUACAAUUAUGAAAGUACAAAAUGAACUGGAUGAAACAACUGCGAUUUUGCAUAAAACUAUAGACUCUGUACUUCAACGUGGUGAAAAGCUUGAUUCAUUGGUGGAUAGAUCCGAAGCUUUAUCAAGCCAAUCCAAGAUGUUUUACAAGACUGCUAAGAAAACCAAUUCCUGUUGUGUUGUGAUGUAAUUCACUAUAUAUUAAUUAUUAUAUUUACUAUUUACUUUAUCGUUUUAAUAAACAAUCAAAACUCUUUUCAAGUGAAUCUAUA